UAUUAUUGUAAGGUGUUGUUUAUGUUUACAGUCCAACAAUCGGUGUAAACAUCAAUAAAUAUGAAUUUAUUUUAAUAUUCUUAAUAUAUGUAGUUCAUAAUUGUCUAUUUAGUUUAGCAGAUAUCCGUUUAGAAUGGCUGACAAAAAAAAGAAAAUUAUAACGACUAAGGAGUCUAUAACUACUCCGAGAAGGCCAGUAAUUUUAAAAUCUGAUCGAGAUGUUCCAAAAGAUCAAUCCAAAGAGAAAAACGAAAAAGACAAGCCACCCACUAUUAUCUUAAAAACUCGUGAACAGAGUACUCCAAAAGAAGAAAGGCCUCUGAGCCCAAAGUCACAAGCAGACAUUGAGAGCCCACAUCCAUCGAAAAUAACUCAAAAUGAGAAGGAAAAGAAAGAUCAAAAAUCCAAUGCUGUUUUCAAAUUGAUGGCAGAACCUGUGAAAUUACUAGAUGAGAAUUUAGAAUUUAACAGUGCAGCUCUUGAGUUUCUCAAUGAUUCUAAUUCCAAUUAUUUGGUGGUCGGAAUAUUAGGAACUCAGGGUGUUGGCAAAUCUAUGAUUUUAAAUCUCAUUGCCCAAAAUGAAGUAGGCAGUGACCUAUGUACACAAAUACUUCAAUCUCAUGAAGUUUCUAUAGAGCCUUCACUUGAAUCAAGUGAAAUACCAGUAGAAAACCAAUUAGAAAGUCUCAGCUUCUCAGAAACACCCGAAGAGAAACCACAAGAUGUUCGUAAUAUAUUUAAAUUCAAAAUGCAAGAUAUAGAAUAUAUAGAACGAGGAGUUAACUGCACAAAAGGUGUCGACAUGUAUAUUACUAAUGAUCGGAUAAUUCUACUGGAUUGUCAACCUCUGUGGUCGCCUUCAUUGAUAGAAGAAACAAGUACAAAUCCUGUGACUGCAAGGAGUGCUAACAUUAUGACAGUUGAUUGUCUCCAAAUUGCUUCAUAUCUUAUGUCGAUAUGUCAUGUUUUAAUUACUGUGCAAGAUUGGUUCACUGAUUAUAAUUUUAUACGUUACAUCCAAACAGCAGAAAUGUUGAAACCUACCCUAUCAGCGUCUAACGCAAUGAACACCAAUCAAGAAAGUUCCGAGUCAACAAGUAGUGGGGAAAGUCAUCCACAUUUACUCAUUCUACAUAACAGAUGUCAACUAGAAGAUUAUACCCCGAACGCCGUCGAAACAAUGCAGGAUCUUUAUAGGAAAGCAUACCAGAGGUCUAAUCUUCAGCUUAAUUCCGGAAUGUACAUGUACAGUGAUACAAAUAAGAAUGGUCUGAAUAUAGACAGUGUGUGCAAGUCCUAUAAUGUUCGGACUUGUGGUACACCAAUAAAUCUGUUUUUAUUACCCGAGAUAUAUGAUGAUUUUGAAAACCGUGACAUAUACCGCGGUCAUCCCCCCUUUGAAGAAUUAGCGAAGCGUCUUCGAUGGAUGAUACUUGGCGUAAACAGGCAUCAAAUAACGAAUGUACCAAACUUAUCGGAAAAGGGAUGGUUCCAAUACUGCAAUAAAGCAUGGGAAACGAUACGAAAGUGCACAUUUUUCAUGGAAUAUGAACGGUUUCUGCCGUAAUCAGAUGAUUGUUAUAACAUUCUAACUUCUGUAUAGCUUAAGUAUUUAAUUAAUUAAAGCACUUUGUAAUCGA